AUGCUGACUGAGAGAAAAAAAUGGCUAAAACAUCUUAUGGUGAGGAAGACCAAAAUUUUGCCUAGAGACAGAGGUUUGUGUGGCCCCAGCUGGCUGAAUGCACUCUCAGAACCAGAGCAAAGGAUUAUGAUUGCCCUCAGCAAGGAAAGCUCAUGUUCUUUGCUCUGCCUUGCUGUCUGUGCCUUUGGGCUGGUGUUGGUGGGGGAUGUGUCCCAGGCUGUACCCAUGGAUGAUCAGGAUUAUUACCUGCAGGAGAUUAGCAACAGAGAUCAUUAUUAUUCUUUUUCUUAUCCUGGUGAAGAGUUUUUCCCUUUCACGGAGCAACCUGGAGAAGAAGGACCCGGCCGGGCUGUAGAGAGAGAGGAGCACCCAGGGUUCAAACCCAGAAGGAAAGAGUUAAAACCGAAGAAAAACGGCAAAAAGGGAAAAGCCAUUCUUGAAACUCCACCAGAUUGCCCUCCACUUGGUCUGGAGACAUUAAAAAUCACUGACUUCCAGCUCCACGCCUCCACAACCAAACGCUACGGCCUUGGGGCUCACAGGGGGAGGCUCAAUAUUCAGGCAGGUGUUAACGAAAAUGAUUUUUAUGAUGGUGCUUGGUGUGCAGGAAGAAAUGACCCAUACCAGUGGAUUGAAGUGGAUGCUCGAAGGCUAACAAAAUUCACUGGAGUCAUCACCCAAGGAAGGAAUUCCCUCUGGUCGAGUAACUGGGUCACCUCCUACAGAGUGUUGGUGAGCAAUGACAGCCAUGCCUGGACUGCAGUCAGAAACGAGUCUGGAGAUGUGAUUUUUGAAGGAAACAGUGAGAAGGAGAUCCCAGUUCUCAACAUGUUGCCGGUGCCUCUGGUCGCCCGCUACAUCCGGAUAAACCCUCGCUCCUGGUUUGAAGAAGGCAGCAUCUGCAUGAGAUUGGAAGUCCUGGGGUGUCCUUUGCCAGACCCAAAUAAUUAUUACCACAGAAGAAAUGAAAUGACAACCACAGAUAACCUUGACUUUAAGCAUCACAACUACAAGGAAAUGAGGCAGUUGAUGAAAACCGUGAAUAAAAUGUGCCCCAAUAUCACAAGAAUUUAUAACAUAGGAAAAAGCCACCAAGGACUCAAGCUGUAUGCUGUCGAGAUCUCUGACAACCCAGGAGUGCACGAAGUUGGAGAGCCAGAAUUUCGGUACAUUGCAGGAGCUCACGGGAAUGAAGUGUUGGGACGUGAGCUGAUCCUUCUCCUGAUGCAGUUCAUGUGCCAGGAAUACCUGGCUGGGAACCCUCGGAUUGUGCAUCUCAUUGAGGACACCAGAAUCCACCUCCUGCCCUCAGUCAACCCUGAUGGAUACGACAAGGCCUAUAAAGUGGGUUCAGAAUUAGGAGGCUGGUCUUUAGGACGAUGGACUCAAGAUGGUAUUGACAUCAACAAUAAUUUCCCUGAUUUAAACUCUUUGCUCUGGGAGUCUGAAGACCAGAAGAAGAGUAAAAGAAAAGUUCCAAACCAUCACAUCCCAAUCCCUGACUGGUACCUGUCUGAAAAUGCCACUGUUGCAGUUGAGACCCGGGCCAUCAUAGCAUGGAUGGAAAAAAUCCCUUUUGUGCUGGGUGGCAACCUGCAGGGUGGGGAGCUGGUGGUGGCUUAUCCCUACGAUAUGGUGAGGUCACUUUGGAAGACCCAAGACUACACACCUACCCCUGACGACCACGUCUUCCGCUGGCUCGCCUACUCCUACGCCUCCACCCACCGCCUGAUGACGGAUGCCAGGAGGAGAGCCUGUCACACUGAGGACUUCCAAAAGGAGGAUGGAACUGUCAACGGGGCCUCCUGGCACACCGUGGCUGGAAGCAUAAAUGACUUCAGUUAUCUGCACACCAACUGCUUUGAGCUCUCCAUCUACGUAGGCUGUGACAAAUACCCCCAUGAGAGUGAGCUGCCUGAAGAGUGGGAAAACAACCGUGAGUCCCUCAUCGUUUUUAUGGAACAGGUCCAUCGGGGCAUCAAGGGAAUAGUAAAAGAUGUGCAUGGCAAGGGAAUCCCAAAUGCCAUCAUUUCAGUAGAAGGUGUUAACCAUGAUGUUCGCACAGGACCUGAUGGGGAUUAUUGGCGCCUUCUGAACCCAGGGGAAUACGUGGUGGGGGUGAAGGCUGAGGGCUACACCACCUCUACCAAGAGCUGUGAAGUGGGCUACGACAUGGGAGCCACCCGUUGUGACUUCACCAUCUCCAAAACCAACCUGGCGAGAAUCAAGGAGAUCAUGAAGAAGUUUGGGAAGCAGCCCCUCAGCACCCUGCCCAUCCGGAGGCUCAGGCAGAGGGCUCGGCCCUGGAGGCAGCAAUGAGGGGGGACCCAUGGCACCCACCAGCUCUGCUUCUACCAGCCCAGCUGUAGUCAUAGUCAGAAUUUCCUAGCCCAUCUCUUCAUGCAUAUUGCUCUGCACGAGGCCUUUCU